UUUUUUCCCAUUUUUUUGAAUUAUAUAUAUAUAUAUAUAUUAAUCUUCUUAUUUGAUUUUUUUUUUUACUAAAAUUGGGACUAAAAAGUUUUGCACAAGAUCAAUCAUACAAUAAUUUCUCCUACUCCUUCCUCACACCUUCCUCUUUAAUUUAUUAUUGCUUUUUUCACAACUUUUAGUUCGAACCCUUUCUAUAAUUUUGCGCCAGAUCCAUCCCUUCUGCGGCGUCCUUUCGCCGUCUUCCUCCUUUUUAUUCCGCGGAUUUCUGUCCGAUUCCUCUCUCGCAGAGCGUGAAGUGGAUCUGGUGAAGAGAUUUGCGAUCUUUGCCUGUUAACGGCGGCGGCGUGCCGGCGGAUCUGGAAGAGAUCGGAGGGAAGAUGAACAGCUGCGGGUUUCACCAGAACGCCUUUGCCGCCCGUGAAGAGAUGCGGCCGCCCUUCCUCGCCGCCGACCGCAAAGCCCCAAUUUUGUGUCCCAAACCGCGGCGGCUCCGCCCGCUGUGCGUCGUCGCCGAGCCUUUCCGGCCGUUCCCGUGGCCCUCGAAGGAUUUCCCUGAUCCGAAGGCGGGGGAAGAAGACCUUGUCGAUAUGCUUCUCUCAAAGGGCGGAGAACUCCACCAACCGGACUCGAACUCGCCUUUUUUCUGCGGCUCUCCGCCGAGUCGCGCCGCCAAUCCGGUGGUCCACGAUGCCCGGUUCGGCGAGGACCGCCCGCCAGCUCCCUUCGCCCCCUUCCCGCUAACCCAGUCCAUGAUGUCCCCCAAGCACGGCUGCGCCCACGCCAAGCUCGGCCUCUUACCGGCGGCCGUCCGCGUCGAGGGUUUUGAUUGUCUCGACGGCGCUCGCCGGAGCUGCAGCGGCAUCACCGCCGUGGCCUAAAACUGCCAUCUUUUACACAACCGCCAUGUGAAACAGAGCAAGAGGCAAUCAUUCGACUCCAAAAACUCAAAAUUUCAAUUCAAGGAGCUAAACUUUCAGGUAAUUUGGAAAAAUCUUCCAAUCUGUUCUUGUAAUUGUACAGUUUGCCUACCACCCUCCAAUCUUGUCUGCUUGCUGUUCUAAGUCCACAAUCUGUAGAUAUAAUAAUUAGAUUAGAGAGGGAGAGAGAGCGAGAGAGAGACGGAUUGAAGAACCGAUCAACCAAAUCUUUUGAGGUUUUGAUUUCGUUCCAAGAAUUGGAUUUUUAGCUCUUGAUACAAAGCUGAGAUUAUCUGUAUGAAAUGUGUAAAUAUUCUUCAAUGUAUACUAUUGAGUUAUCAAGUUUGGAUCUUUUGAAUGAAGUUCUGAAUUUUUCCA